AGAAAAUUUGUGCUGGCAUUCGGGCAUAAUUCCCUCCCUAUAUGGGAAGAGAUGGUUCUGAAUUUGUCUGUAUCGUCGUCUCUGGAAGAACCAGAGGGUCCGAUAAGUUUUGGAAUUCGUCUCACGAGAACACAUGUUACCUCUUCUUCAUAACACUCCCUUCCUCUUCUUAUCUCUUCUUUAUUCCACCCUUCAAUGGCGUCCACCUCUUCUUCUUCAUCUUCUUCUUCCUCGUCUUCUCAUCGCCAUGAAUCCAUAGACCCCAAGCUCUUAAGACUACUCGUCUCUUUGACCAAUCACCAUAUUCACUCAUUCCUAACCAAUCCCAAAACUCGAAAAAUCCAACAAGCUAAAUGCUCGUCAAACCUCAAGAUUCACGAGCAAGAGUUCUUUGACUUCUCAGAACAAUCGGUGCUUUCAAAUCUCUACUGGGGUAUUCAAAAUGUAGAGGCUGCAAUUCAAUCGAAAUGCCUUGAAGACGUUAACUCCAACCUCCAACGCGCCGAAAGGAUGCUUCAGGCGCCGGCGUUGUUGAAUGAGCACGAGACGACGGCCGGAGUAUCGAAUUCUUACUUGGUUUGUUACGCGUAUUUUUAUUUGUCGGUUGUUAGGAAGCUGCAACGGGAUGAGCUUCAAGUUGCUGUUCAUUUUCUUCAAGCGUUGGUGGUGUCUCCGGUGGUCGUGAGGACUGAGCUUUCACCGGAGCUGUAUCGCGCCAUGGUUGAAUCCUGCAUUAUGCCUUUAAAACAGGAAUUCCAGAAUGGGGUUGACGAGAAUGAAGGUGUGAAAUGGGGUGCAAGAAGUUAUAAAGCAUGGUUGAUGUAUCACCAGGUUAUUUCUUAUGGACAAUCUCCUUUAUUGAUGAAAGAACCCGAUGAAAAAUCACAAGAAAUCAGAAACACGAAUGUCUGCAGCACGUCAUCUUCAAAUUCGUAUGAACACGUGCAUCGUCUUCAUCAGUUACGGAUUCAUCAGAAUUUUAAAAAGGUGCAUCCUAUCGAUCCUCAAAAGAAUGAGAAAGCACAAAAAAGCUCGAGUGUCAAACGUCUCCAAGAUCUUCUCUUGGAAGAUCAAUCAGAUUCACCAACUUCUUUAUAUUCAGGCAGCUGUGGGUUUUCAGAUGACGAUUCUGAGGAAAAUGAAGAUGAAUACGAUAGAUCAUUAUCCAGAACAGCAAUCACAAAAUCAAAAGCACCAGAAACUCUAAACAUCGACAGUUUUUCAGGAAUCUUAGCAAGCGAUUUAGAAUUUUGGAACAGUGUGAAUGAAAUCGAAGAUGAAGAUGAACCCACAUGGCAAAACUUUCGGAAAAGAGAUGAAAUGUUGACCAAUAAUCACAACUCAACCGAUGAAAUUACCUCCUUUUGUGGUGAAAACAGUUACAGAAUUGAACAAGCUGAGAUUGUUGAAAAAGUAAUUUCAAAGUUAUGUUUCUCAGAAGGACUUGAAAAACCAGAUGAUUCAACAACAGUAGAAAUCACAACAGUAUACGAAAUGUUAGCAAGUAAACCAGGGUUAAAAUACUCUUUAUUAAAAGAUGUAAUUUUAGAUCAAUUACUAAUGGCUCUUUCAACAUCAAAAGAAGAAGGGGUAACAAGAGCUUCAGUUUCAAUACUUUCAAGUAUCAUUUCAGGGAAUCACUCUGUUAUCGAAGACAUAAAGAAGAAAGGUUUAAAUCUCAUACACCUUGCAAAUGCUUUAAAAAGAGAUGUUCAUGAAGCAGCUGUUUUGAUUCAUUUGAUAAAUCCCUCACCAAAUGAAAUCAAAACCCUAGAAAUCCUGCCAACUUUGGUGAAAAUCAUUUGUGCUUCAAGUUGUUACAAAAAUGGUUUAAAAUCAAUACCUGUGAUGACACCACCUUCAGCUUCUUUAAUGAUUAUUCAAGUGUUGGUGACUGCUUUUGACUAUUCAACAAACAACACUCAUUUGGCUGAAAUUAGUUCACCAAAAGUGAUUUCAAGCCUUGUUAAUGUUCCAAGAAAUGAGAAUCUUGAAGAGCUUAUAUCUUUAGCUUCUAUUCUUGUCAAGUGUAUGAGAUUUGAUGGAAAAUGUAAAUAUCAUAUCAUGCAAUUUGCUCCUAUCAAUCCAUUUAUAUCUCUUAUUUUAAGCAACCACAAGAACGCCAUUGUUGCAGGAUUAGAAUUCUACCAUGAACUACUACGCAUGCCAAGAUCAUCAUCAAUAAGUCUACUACACCAGCUACAUGAAAGAGGGGGGAUGAACAUUAUGUGUGUUCUAUUACUUUCUAUCCAACAAACACAACAUGAAUACAAACUUUUAGCAGCUAGUUUGUUGCUUCAGUUGGAUGUUAUGGAAGGCUCAGUUGUUGACAUUUUGAAUCGUGAAGUGGCUAUUGAGGCUUUUCUUGAGGCACUAACAUGUGAAGAAAACUUGGAAACACAACAAUUAGCAGCAUUCAUAUUUUCAAAUCUUGGAGGAACUUAUUCAUGGACAGGAGAACCAUAUACAAUAGCUUGGUUAUUGAAAAAAGCUGGAUUAAACUCAAUGUUACAUAAAAACAUUGUUAAAAACAUUGAUUGGUCAGAUGAUACAUUACAGGAAAAUGGGACAGAGAUUUGGUGUGGGAAAGUUGCAAGACACAUAAUAAAACUUGGAAAUCCUGUUUUUUAUGCUUUGGAGAAGGGAUUAAAGAGCAAAAACAAGAGAGUUUCAAGAGAUUGUCUCACAACAAUUGCAUGGAUUGGGUGUGAAAUAGUGAAAGGUCAUGAUGAUUUGAGAGGUUUAGCUUGUGACAUUUUGUUAAGUACAAUUGAACAAUAUGUGCAUCCUGGAAUGGAACUUGAAGAAAGACUUUUAGCAUGUUUGUGCAUAUAUAACUACACUUUUGGUAGAGGCAUGCAGAAGCUAACUCAAUUUUCAGAGGGUGUAAGAGAGUCACUCAGACGACUUUCUAGUGUGACAUGGAUGGCAGAAGAAUUGUUGAAAGUUGCUGAUUAUUAUAUGCCUAAUAAAUGGCGGAUAUCUUGUGUACACACGCAAGUUUUGGAGGGAAAUUAUAAUGGCAGUGGAGCUGUGAAUUCUCUUAUCUACUAUAGGGGGCAGCUUUUUAGUGGAUACUCAAAUGGUUCUAUCAAGGUAUGGGAAAUAAAGGGGCAGACAACUACUCUUGUAUCAGAUAUAAAGGAGCACAAGAAAGCAGUAACAUGUUUUGCACUUUUUGAGCAAGGGAAUUGUCUUUUGAGUGGAUCUGCAGACAAAACGAUUAGGAUUUGGCAAAUGUUUGAAAGGAAAAUGAAAUGCAUUGAAGUAAUAACAACAAAGGAAGCAAUUCAAAGCCUUGAAACUUGUAACGAAGUGAUUUUUGCAGUUACCAAUAGCCAUAAAAUGAAGGUGAUUGAUUCAUCAAGAAAGGUAAAGGAUGUUUUCAAGAACAAGAAUGUGAAAUGCAUAAGGGCAAGUCAAGGGAAAGUUUACAUAGGAUGCAUGGAUUCAAGCAUACAUGAGUUGAUAAUUGGAAACAAUCGACAACAAGAAAUCAAAGGUCCUUCAAAGAGCUGGAGAUUACAAAAUAAGCCUAUAAAUUCAAUAGCUGUGUAUAAAGAUUGGCUAUAUAGUGCAAGUAGUUGCAUUGAUGGAUCAAGAAUUAAGGAUUGGAGAAGAGAGAGCAAGGGUCAAAUGUGUAUUAAACCAGAGAAAAAAACAAAUGUGGUGGCAAUGAGUGUUGUAGAGGAUUUUAUAUAUUUAAUCACUAGCUCUUCACCAAGCAACCUAGAGAUUUGGUUGAGAGGGACACAGCAUAAAGUUGGGAGGUUAUCAGCAGGGAGCAAGAUUACAAGCAUGCUUACAGCCAAUGACAUGAUCUUAUGUGGUACUGAAUCAGGGCUAAUCAUGGGUUGGAUCCCACUAUAGUAGUAAAAGAAAGGAUUGAAGUUGUGGUUGAGUAUAUAUAUAUAUAUAUUUUGGCGUAAAUAUACAAAAGAUGAAUUGCAUAUAAUGUACAUGUACAUGAGACAUGAGUUGCAUACGACAAUGGCUAUGAGAAUGGUAUAUCCGUACACAAUCUAUUUAUCUUUGUUAGUCGAGUGUUUUUUUCACACAAUAAUUGGAGAGAUGAAGUUGUAGAUCAGUGAUGAUUGUAGUGUGUAUAUUAUUAUUUAUUUAUUUUUAUUUUUCAUGAAUA